GGGCCUGACGUCGCGCGGACGCCGGCCAGCGGUCAUUUUGCGCCCUCCCUCGGCGCUCCAGGCUCCGCCCGCGCCGCCGCCGCCGCCGCCGCCGCCGGAGCCUCCGCUGCUGCAGAGAAGACGGUGGGAGCCCGAGCCACGCCGGGAGGAGAGCUCGAGACAGAGCCAGGGACAGAGCCAGCCAGAGCCACACACGGAGCAGCCAUGGCGGCAGCGCCAGCAGAGGCUGAGACCCGUCAGAAGCUGUUGCGCACCGUCAAGAAGGAGGUAAAACAGAUCAUGGAAGAGGCUGUGACCCGGAAGUUUGUUCAUGAAGACAGUAGCCAUAUCAUCUCAUUUUGUGCUGCGGUGGAGGCCUGUGUGCUCCAUGGCCUGAAGCGUCGGGCCGCUGGCUUCCUGCGGAGCAAUAAGAUCGCAGCUCUGUUCAUGAAGGUGGGUAAGAGCUUCGCCCCCGCCGAGGAGCUCUCCCGGAAGGUCCAAGACCUGGAGCAGCUGAUCGAGAACGCGCGGAACCAGCUCCAAGGACUUCAGGAGAAUGUUCGGAAGCUCCCCAAGCUGCCCAACCUGUCCCCCCAGGCCCUCAAGCACCUGUGGAUCCGCACAGCCCUGUUCGAAAAGGUCUUGGAUAAAAUUGUGCAUUACCUGGUAGAGAACAGCAGUAAGUACUACGAGAAAGAAGCUCUUUUGAUGGACCCUGUCGAUGGCCCCAUUCUUGCUUCUUUGUUAGUCGGCCCCUGUGCACUGGAAUAUACCAAGAUGAAGACAGCAGACCAUUUCUGGACAGACCCUUCAGCUGAUGAGUUGGUCCAACGGCACCGGAUCCACAGCUCCCACUUCCGCCAGGACUCUCCCACCAAGCGCCCAGCCCUUUGUAUCCAGAAACGUCAUUCCAGUGGCAGCAUGGAUGAUCGGCCUUCCCUCUCUGCCCGGGAUUAUGUGGAGUCUCUGCAUCAGAACUCCCGGGCUACUCUCCUCUAUGGCAAGAACAAUGUCCUGGUCCAACCGAAGGAUGACAUGGAGGCUGUUCCCGGGUAUCUGUCUCUACACCAGACCGCUGAUGUCAUGACCCUUAAGUGGACGCCCAACCAGCUGAUGAACGGCUCUGUGGGAGACCUGGACUAUGAGAAAAGUGUAUACUGGGACUACGCCAUGACCAUCCGCCUGGAGGAGAUUGUCUAUCUGCAUUGCCAUCAGCAGGUAGACAGUGGUGGGACGGUGGUGUUAGUGAGCCAGGAUGGGAUUCAGAGGCCCCCGUUCCGGUUUCCCAAGGGGGGUCAUCUGCUGCAGUUUCUCUCAUGCCUGGAGAAUGGGCUGCUGCCCCACGGCCAACUGGACCCACCCCUGUGGUCCCAGCGAGGGAAGGGCAAAGUGUUUCCAAAGCUCCGAAAGCGAAGUCCUCAAGGCUCCUCAGAAUCUGCAUCCGAUAAGGAAGAUGACGAAGCCACGGAUUACGUCUUCAGAAUUAUCUACCCCGGCAUGCAGUCGGAGUUCGGUGAAUCGGCUUGGAUGGUGUUCCCGGUGGGCCGGACCAUGGUCGUGAUGGCCAUGGGGCAGUUGUCCAUUCCCGCUGGAGGGGCUACUGUUACCACCCUGCUGGACACAGAAUCACUCCCCCCCAUGCCCCCGGACUUGAUUGAUGCCUCUGUAAACAGCCUGCCUUCCAUGUGGCAGCCCAGCCCUCGGAGGUCGUCCUGCUCAUCCUGCUCCCAGAGAGGCUCCGCAGAGAGCGGCUCAUCCAACGGAUGUAAUCACGAGAGGGCUCCCCUGAAGCUCCUCUGUGACAACAUGAAACACCAGAUCCUCUCCAGAGCCUUCUAUGGUUGGCUUGCCUAUUGUCGGCAUUUGUCCACUGUGAGGACCCACCUAUCGGCCUUGGUCAACCACCUGAUCGUGUCCCCUGACCUGCCCUGUGAUGCCGGCCACGGCCUGACCAUGGGCAUCUGGGAGAAAUACCUGAAGGACAGCACGAGUUACGAAGAACAGGAGCUUCUGCGUCUGAUCUACUUUGGGGGGAUUCAGCAUGAGAUCCGCAAGGACGUGUGGCCUUUCCUGCUGGGCCAUUACCAAUUUGGGAUGACAGAAGCUGAGAGGAAGGAGGUGGACGAUCAGGUUCAUGCUUGCUAUGAGCAGACCAUGGCCGAGUGGUUGGGCUGUGAGGCCAUCGUCCGGCAGAGGGAGAAAGAGUCCCACGCGGCUGCUCUGGCCAAGUGCUCCUCGGGCGCGAGCCUGGACAGCCAUCUUCAGAGGAUGAUGCAUCGAGAUUCCACCAUCAGCAAUGAGUCUUCUCAGAGCUGCAGUUCAGACAGACAAAAUCACAUCCGUCUGCAGAGUGACUCCAGCAAUAGCACCCAGGUGUUUGAAUCUGUGGAUGAAACAGAGCAGGUGGAGGUAGACAGCAGGCAGGAUGACAUGAAGCAGGCUAAGGUCCCCAAUGGGACAGUGGUCAAUGGCACCUGCUCCCCCGAUUCUGGCCACCCCUCAUCCCACAACUUCUCCUCGGGCCAGUCCGAGCACAGCCUCAGCACAGAAGACAGCGUCAUGGAACCGCCCAAAAACACCCCACCCUUGGCACGGUCUGAUGGACCUGGUGCCCAGGAUGGUCAUGAGGUGGACACUGCCCCCCAGCCUGGGGACAAGACCCUCAGAGAGGAGCUGGCCAUCCAGGAUAGCCUGGAAGGGGAUUUACUCACUAACGAAAGCUUGGAUGAGUUCAUGUCCGUGCCCGGGAGCCUGGACGUGGCCCUCCCGGAGAAGGACCCCUCGGUGAUGGAAAGCUGGGUGGGCAGCGAAGCGGAGAAGCGGAGCCUUGUAGAGAGUGAGGAUACCCUGUCCGAGGAGCCAGAAAUGGAAAGUCUCUACCCCCAGCUGGAAUCCCUAAAUGUGGUAGAUUCUACAAAUACUGAGGCCUCCCCAGUGUCUUCGAGCGGAGUGACGUACUCUCCAGAGCUGCUGGAUAUGUAUACCGUAAACCUACAUCGCAUCGAGAAGGACGUGCAGAGGUGUGACCGCAAUUACUGGUACUUCACCCCUGCCAACCUGGAGAAACUUCGCAACAUCAUGUGCAGUUACAUUUGGCAACAUAUCGAUAUUGGUUACGUGCAGGGCAUGUGUGACCUCCUGGCCCCGUUGUUGGUCAUACUGGAUGAUGAAGCCCUUGCUUUCAGUUGCUUCACGGAACUCAUGAAAAGGAUGAACCAAAACUUCCCCCAUGGAGGUGCCAUGGACACCCACUUUGCUAACAUGCGGUCCCUCAUCCAGAUUUUGGACUCUGAGCUUUUUGAGCUCAUGCACCAGAAUGGCGAUUACACACAUUUCUACUUCUGCUACCGCUGGUUCCUCCUGGAUUUUAAGAGAGAACUAGUUUACGAUGACGUCUUCUCCGUCUGGGAAACCAUUUGGGCUGCGAAACAUGUCUCUUCCUCCCACUAUGUCCUGUUCAUCGCCCUGGCCUUGGUAGAGGUAUACCGAGACAUCAUCUUGGAAAACAAUAUGGAUUUCACAGACAUCAUCAAGUUCUUUAAUGAGAUGGCCGAGAGACACAACACCAAGCAGAUCCUGAAGCUCGCCCGAGACCUGGUCUACAAGGUGCAGACUCUGAUCGAGAACAAGUAGAGGGCGGGCGACAGUGGUGAUGUCCCCUGGAGGUUGCCGGUCGAGGCUCUGGCUCCAUCUCCUUCCAUUUGGCUCUGCCCACAGCCUCCCGAAAGCCUCCGGGGCCUGGCUGAGGACGCAGACUAUGCCGGCAAGAGGAAGCGUCUCCUGUUUGCGGCAGGCAGGCGAGGGCUUUGUUCCUUCAUUACAACUUUGUGCUUCUGUGUUCUACCAAAGAUCUCCAAGUUAGAAUCAGCGUCCUUUGGGGAAGGAAGGGGGUGUCUGGAGAAGGGAAUGUUCCUCCUUUGCCUCCUUGCUAUUCUUCUAUUCCCUUAAGAUCUACUUUCCGUGGUCUGAGUAAACCCACCAUUCAGUAGCAAUGGAGCCAUCUUGGGGGAGGGCCUUGACCAUGCUUUUAGUGGAGAGGUUGACCUGGUUGCCCGGCAGAGCCCUUGUCUCUGUGAGCCCUGGGCAGGGAUGGAGAACCACAGAUGCCAAAAGAAAGGAAUCCAAGUCUCUUCCACCUUCUUCCACCCACUGCCAAGGUCUGCUUCCCCCAGCCCAGCCCGGCUCAGACAAGGAGCAACAGCCCAGCUUCCUUCUGAUGCUUAGGUCUCUGUUUGCUGCUGCUCCCUCCUUCCUUUCCCCAAGGAGGACACUUUUCUUUCCCAAAGGGGAAGCUUCUCUUUAUAUAAAUCAGGGCCACCCAUGGGUCUGAAUCCCAGCACACAAAGCUUUCUUCUUGAGAGCUCUCCUGGGGACUAAGCUAAGGCUUCCUCGUGGAGAACUCCGGAAGGAUGAACAUUGGAGAGUCCUUCCUCCAUGUCCCCUCCUGCCUUUUUUUUUAAGCUCAGGUAGAAGGAAACUGGAAAUCAGUCCUGUUUGGAAGCAUGAAUCUUGAAUUUGCCAUUUGCUGGCUGCGGGAGCAGACAGGGCUGGUUGGUGGAGCCAGAAGGGGCUCGGGUUGGGUAUCUCCCCUAGAGAAGGUCCAUCCGUGUUAGGAUGAGUGACAUCCAAGGCUUCUUCCUCUUGUCUCAGCCAGCUGGGUUAGUCUCAGCCACAGUGGGUUUUCUCCUCACUCCUUUCUUUCUAUGCUGAUUUCUCCAAUGUCCUCAUUCUGCUCAAGGACCACGAAUCAGAGAAGGGCAGCCCUGGAAGAAUGAAGUUCCUUCCCACUUCCUCUCUUCCCAGAAAACCAUCCUGCCCUUUGUGGUUCACUCUGGCCUAGCCAUUGACCUGCCUAAAACCUCUCCCGCCAAAUUCAUAAAGAGCAUUAAACUAGUCCUAGACAAACAGAACAAAACCCAUACAAACCAUGGGCUACAGCUGAGUGGGGGGAUUAGGGCUUAGAAUUGAGUUCAAAUCCUGUUGUAGACACUUCUUACCUGUGUAUCUUGGUCACGUGGACCUCAGUUUUCUCCUCAGUGUCAGGUUGGACCAGAAACCUAGGAGGUCCCUUCCAGCCCUAAAGCUAUUCAGAGCUAUUCAGCAUGUAUAUAUCGUCCUCAUAUUGGUGAUGAGAGAAACAUCGGUGGGAACUGUACCUCUAAGUUUGCAGAGUUAUAGCGUUCUCCCCUUUGUAACUCUGUGAGACAACUGCCUAAAUUCUCUUCUUCCCAAUUUACAAAUGAGGAAACUGAGACUCAGAAGCAAAGUGACUAACUCAGGGUCACACAGCUCCAGAGUGUCAGAGAUGGGAUUUAAAGCCGGGUCUUCUGGCUUUAUUAUUUUCUAGGCUAGGUCACUGUCUUUUGCGUUUCUUUUUCAUUGAUUCCCUAUUCUUUUUCCAGGUGAAUUUUGUUAUUAUUU